AUGGACGCACAAGAACUUAUCCAUAUUCUCGAGCGAACAGUCACUGGAUCACAAGCUGACUUGGAGAAUGCACGAAAUUUUCUUGCUAGAGCAGCUGAACAAAAUUUGCCUCAACUUUUAAUCCAACUUUCCGAUAUUUUAAAUACUGCCACAAAUAAUCCAACAGCACGUACACAAGCAGCACUACAACUUAAAAAUGCACUUUAUUCACGCGAUGAUAUAAAAGCUUGUCAAGAACGAUGGCUUCUUAUACCAGAAGAUGUCAGAAAUCAUGUCAAAAAUAAUUGUUUCAAUGCACUUGGUACUGAAACAACUAAACCAUCACAAGCAGCUCAAUGUGUUGGCUAUAUAGCUUGUGCUGAAUUGCCACGUGGUCAAUGGCGAGAUUUAAUCGAACGAUUGGUUGCCAGUGUUACAACUGUUGGAAAACCUGAUCAUAUUCGUGAAGCAAGCUUGGAAACACUUGGUUAUAUAUGUCAAGAUAUUGAUUCAAAUGUACUUGUACCUCAGAGUAAUGUUAUAUUAACUGCACUUGUAUAUGGUAUGCGUAAAGAAGAAACCAAUGAUAAUGUUCGACUUGCAGCUACAACAGCUAUGCUUAAUUCAUUGGAAUUUUCAAAAAAUAAUUUUCAAAAUGAUAGUGAACGACAUUAUAUUAUGCAAGUUGUAUGUGAAGCCACACAAUCAACAAAUUUAAAAAUUCAAGUAGCAGCUCUACAAAAUCUUGUUAAAAUUCUCACAUUAUAUUAUGAUUAUAUGGAAUAUUAUAUGGGUCCUGCAUUAUUUGCUAUUACUAUGGAUGCAAUGAGAUCUUCACAUGAUGAAAUAGCUUUACAAGGUAUUGAAUUCUGGUCGAAUGUAUGCGAUGAAGAAUAUGAAUUACAAUUACUUCAACAAGAAGCUCAAGAACAAAAUCGUCAACCUGAACGAAUAAGUCGUUAUUAUGCACGUGGUGCAUUACAAUAUUUAGUACCUGUAUUACUUCAACGAUUAACUAUGCAAGAAGAAACAGAUGAUGAUGAUGAUUGGAAUCCAUGUAAAGCUGCUGGUGUUUGUCUUAUGUUAUUAGCUAAUUGUGCUGAAAAUGCAAUUAUUCAAUGCGUAUUUCCAUUUGUUAGUGAAAAUAUAAAACAUGACAAUUGGCGACAUCGUGAAGCUGCUGUUAUGGCAUUUGGUUCAAUGUUAGAAGGACCUGAUGUUGCAAGUAUUAAACCAAUUGCUGAACAAGCUAUACCAUUUUUACUUGAAUUAUUACGUGAUUCAAAUGUUGCUGUCCGUGAUACAACAGCAUGGACAAUUGGACGUAUAUUUGAAUUUGUUCCACAAGCUGUUAUGAAUGAUGAAUUACUUCGAGCUAUUGGAAAUGCACUUGUUAAUCGUUUAUCAGAUGAACCACGUGUGGCAACGAAUAUUUGUUGGUCAUUUUCAAGUUUAGCUCGUGCUGCUUAUGAUCAUGCAGAAUGUCCAGAUGAUGAUGAUACACCAAAUACAUAUUUAUUAUCACCAUUUUUUGAUGAAAUUGUUAAAAAACUUAUUGAAACAACUGAUAGACCGGAUGGUAAUCAAUCAAAUUUACGUAAUGCAGCUUAUGAAGCUUUAAUGGAAAUGAUUCGUCAUAGUCCAAAAGAUUGUUAUUUUACUGUUCAAAAAACUACAGUAACUGUACUUGAUCGAUUAAAUCGUGUUAUAUCAGUUGAAAAUCAUGCAGCCAAUCCAAAUGACAGAGUACAAAUCAGUGAUCUUCAAUCAUUACUUUGUGCGACACUUCAAAGUGUUCUUCGAAAAAUGCAUCCAAAUGAUGCCCCACUCAUAUCUGAUCCAAUUAUGCAAGCUUUAUUACAAAUGCUUAAAACAAAUAGUGGAAAAACAAGUGCUGUACAAGAAGAUGCACUUGUUGCUAUUGGAACUCUUGUUGAAGUCUUGGGAAUGAAUUUUAUUAAAUAUAUCGAUCAUGUUCUUCCAUUUAUUUAUGAAGCAUUAAAUAAUCAUGCUGAAUAUCAAAUAUGUGCAGCUGCUGUUGGUGUUGUAGGUGAUUUAAGUCGUUCUUUACUUGAUAAAUUAGCACCAUAUUGCGAUCAAAUAAUGACUCAUUUACUUAAUUGUCUUGGUGAUGAUAAAUUACAUCGUUCAGUUAAACCUCAAAUAUUAAGUACAUUUGGUGAUAUAGCUUUAGCUAUUGGUGGUUAUUUUAAAAAAUAUCUUGAACAUGUAUUAAAUACACUUAAUCAAGCAUGUCGUGCACAAGUUUCAAAAAAUGAUUAUGAUAUGAUUGAUUAUUUAAAUGAAUUACGUGAAGGUUGUUUAUCAGCCUAUACAGGUAUUAUUCAAGGACUUCGUAAUUCAGUUACACCAGCUGGUGAUGCAUCAUUAGCACUUGCUGAAUUACAAUUAGUUACAGUUCAAUUACCAUUUAUAGUGCAAUUUCUUGAAACAAUAGCACGUGAUCCAAAUAAAUCUGAUUCAAUAAUUGGUUCAGCUAUUGGUCUUAUUGGCGAUCUUGUUACAUCAUAUGGUCAACAAAUGAUACAAUAUGUUGACAGAGAUCCAAUUGAUAAAUUAAUAGCUGAAGGAAAACGAUCAAAAAUAAUGAAAACAAAAACAUUAGCAACAUGGGCAAUGAAAGAAAUUCGAAAGAUCAAAAAUAAUUGA